GAACUGCAGGAUCAGACAGUCAAUACACGUCAAAAUGAUAAUGUUAAUUGGUUUGCUGUUGAUUAUUGGUUUUGUUGCUGGGGAAGAGAGGAAAAACUUGGAAACGAAAGAUGUCGAUAGUUUCUGUUUUGUGAAUGGUCAGGUGUACCAUCAUGGUACAGAAUUUAAAAGUGGUUGCACCACCUAUUACUGUCAUGGUGGUCAGCCAGUGUUACGGACAAUAGGUUGUUCAAUGAAUGGUCAAUGUCAUGACGAAGGUUCGCGAUGGAGAGAUCAGAACGGAUGUUUUGAAUAUACUUGUUCCAGAUCGGGAUCAAAUGCGUGGAGAAUUAAACCCAUUCCUUUAUGCAGAGGUAACAAUGGAGAGUGCCAUGAUAUUAAUUCAAGAUGGACAGAUGACUGUGUGACGUUUCAAUGUACUGGUGGACACAACUCCGCCUCAGCUUCAACUGUUGCUGUCUUGUGUAGAGAUAUGCAUGGAAAAUGUCAUCAACCUGGUUCAGUCUUUCCGUAUGUUAUGCGUGGUGUGCCCUACAGACAUUGUGUAUGCCAGAGAAUGGGAGAAAAUAUUAAAUACCAAUGCCAGUAUUAAAUUAAAUAAAAUUUGUGAAGUCAC